GAUAUAUAGGAUAUGAAUAUUAUCUAAAUGUUAAGUGGUCUGUCGGGAGGAAAACAUCAUAUUUCUAUUUGUCUGUGAUCUGAGCAUAUGAUAGCGCCCAUAGGACCGGUCAAAUCGCUCAAAGAUCAGCACCAUUGAUGAUUGGUGCAACGAGGAAGCCAUGAAGAGUAAUUAACGAAGUAAGAUGGGUAUACUCGAUAGUGUUAACUUACAAAUAUCUCAUAAAGUUAGUGAGAGGACAUUCGUAUUUAUCUUGUUGACCCUUAUGUGUCCGAUUUCUUAUGAAUAAGAGCUUCAGAACUUUAGCAAACCCGUAUGAAAAAUCGCAAUAUGACGACGGCUACUUAUGUAAACAUGUCUGAGAACAUGGAUCAGAACUACACAAGUCUCCAGUCCUUUGUUUUAUCAAGAUUAGGAGAGAAACAAAAGGAUUUAUUUUCUGUGGUACUUCUGUCAAUUGUUUACAUCGUAAUUUUCUUGACCGGAAGUAUUGGUAAUUUAACUACUUGUUUAGUCCUCCGGAAACAGGUGUACAUGCAUACAGUGACAAACCAAUAUCUGCUGAACCUGGCGAUUACGGACUUCCUGACGAUCGUUCUAGCUCUUCCACCAGAAGUUUAUACAAUAUGGGAGGCAUAUCCAUGGAGAUUUGGAGAACCUUUCUGCAUAUUUAAAGCUUUUCUGCUGGAAUGGACGUCAUACGCAUCUGUGUUGACCAUAACUGGAUUCACGGUGGAGCGCUACAUCGCCAUUUGUCAUCCAAUUACGGGUCAAAAAGUUACUAGACAAUCGCGAGCUUUUAAAUGCAUCAUUUGCAUAUGGAUUAUAUCCGCAUGUUGUGCUUUGCCAUAUCCGUUUCAUACGCGCACAUUCUAUUAUCUAAAUGAUCCUAGAACUAAUUUGCCUAUCAAUGAUACUUUAUUGUGUAACAUUCCAAUAAAGUGGCACGAAAGGAUGAUCGUCAUGUUUCAAGUGUCUACUUUCGCUUUCUUUUUCCUUCCAAUGUGUAUCAUUACAAUUAUGUACAUAUUGAUAGGGAUUCGAUUGCGAAGGACGGAAGUGGACACGACAAUGGGAGUCCAGUAUAAAGGCGCUCUGUCCACGACCGCUAGGGCAAGGAAAGCAGUUCUGAAAAUGCUAGUGGCUGUUGUGGUCGCUUUCUUCCUCUGCUGGGCGCCAUUUCACGCACAAAGAUUGAUGACACUAUAUGUCAAAGAUUGGAGCCCUGAGUCCAUGGAGUUCCACAGCCAUUUAUUUUACAUAUCAGGUGUUUUAUAUUUUGUUAGCUCAACUGUGAAUCCCAUACUAUAUAAUCUAUUGUCCAGGAAGUUCCGCUAUGCUUUUAAAAGGACGUUUUGUCGGUGCUGUUUAAACUUGGAACCAUUUCCAACUUUUUACAAACUGAAAGCAAUAUUUAUAAACAGAAGCGAACAGAAUUCAGGCUCCCCCAGCCCUCGAUUUAUAUAUCCCCAGAAACCUGUAGGUCUGGAUACCCCGUACAAUAAACAUGGCGGAAGCCUUUCUAUGAGCAGACCAGUCAAACAAGCAUCAACCAAAGACACCGUGGUUAAGUGUUCUUCAUCCGGAAGUAGUUCGCAUGCGCACUCUGACGGAAGACUUCAUUUUAUAUGUCGUCACAAAAGUUGUAGUAGCAACCGUAUACGACUGAGCCUAGAAAUAAACAUGAUGUAUACACAAUUUAACAAUGCAUCAUGUCAAGAUAUCGAAAAACUCAGAAAAAUGAAAUGCUUCAAACAGCUUUCAAACCAAAAAGUCGAUUCCAAAGAUGGUGAAACAGAGAAAGAUUGUGACGUUACAGCAAGUCUUAUUUAAUUCUGUAAAAGAAAAUAUAUUCUUUUAUAAUAAAAUGUUUUUAAUGUG